AUGGAGAAGAAGAUCAUUACCAUUGUGGGUGUGACGGGAACCCAAGUAAGCUACUGGGAAUCCUCACCAAUGAUCAGAGGACUAACAACUAGCAGGGCGCUUCCGUUGCCGAUGUCUUCCUCCAGGAAGGAGGUUGGCAUGUCCGAGGCAUCACCCGCGAUCCAAGCAAGCCGUCCGAGCCAAGCUUGGGCUGACAAGGGUGUCGAGCUUAUCGAAGCCAACAUCAAUGACGCUGCGACGUUGAAGUCGGCAUUUGCCGGAUCCAGCGUGAUGUUUGGCGUCACUGAUUUCUGGACUGUUGUGUAUGACCCAAAGACACAAGCCCUGGCCAAGUCGACUGGCCAGACCGAGACCGAGAUCGCCUACGAGGCCGAGAAGCAACAGGCUCGAAACAUUGCAGAAGCUGCAUAUGCUACAAUUGAAACCUUGGAUCGACUGGUCUUCUCAACUCUCUCGCAUACGCGCAAGUGGAGCAACGGCAAGUAUACCCACAACCUCCACUUCGACGCAAAGUGGGAGGGCGCGGAAUACCUCAAGGCCACCUAUCCAGCACUGGACAACAAGACCUCGUACCUACAGGUUGGCCUCUAUGUGACUAACUGGAAGAAGGGUCUGCAUUUCGCCCGGCCGACUAAGCAACUCGAUGGUACUUUUAAGCUCAGUCUUCCCACGGAUGGUGAUGCACUUGUCCCACUGGUAGAGCCCCGAAAGGACACAGUUCUAUGGGGAAAGGUUCAUGGGGUGACUUGUCGCUAUGAGCGCCUUGACCGCAAAGUCCUGGAAGCAGCCGUUCCUGGCUGCGUCGGCGAGGAACUGGCGGACAUGUUCGAGUACAUCAGCGAAUUUGGUUACGAUGGUCGUGAUCCAACCAUUGUUUAUCCCGAGAAUCUUGGUGUCCAUGUUCCAGUAUAUACUAUGGAAGAGUAUAUCAGGGAAGAAGAGUGGCCUGAGGUUUGA